UAGCGCACUGCGUAGAGCAAACCGGUCUCAUGCGGAUGUUUUGAGCUCAACACACGUGUAUUUUCUGCUACGACGCUUACGAUCUCGUGGUGUUCGAACAAAAAAUAUGGCGAAGGAAAACGCUACAAGACGUAGUAAACGACAAAGCAAAGUGGACACCAUUGAAGAUGUAGAAGAAGUGGACAAUGUCAAAACUGUGGAGGGUGCUCCUAAAGAGGACCAAGCUGAACAAGAUCGUCAGAUGGACACUGUCAUUGAAGUAAAGGGAAUUACGUCCACUGUGACUAUAUCCUGGGACAAGAAGAACGAGGGAGGAGAAGUUGAUGAUACAGAAAAGGGAACUAAUGCAAGUGAUCAGAUGAUGGACAGUGCUGACGCAGUCGACUCCACAGAGGACGCUCCCGUUCAGAGUGCAGAUACAGAGAUGAAGGAAGAGGUGCAGGAAUCUGGAGUAAAAGGGAAACGGAAGGCCCCCUCUUCUGUUGAGGCCUCCCCGGCAAAGAAAACCAAGCUCAUCAAUGAUGGAUAUUGUCUUUAUGUUGGCAACCUGAACAACUCCAAAACAUUCGAUGAAGUCAAAGAUUCAUUAGCAAGUUACUUCAUGACACAAAGUCUCCUGGUUCAAGACAUCAGAGUACACCGGUCCAAAAAACAUGCACAUGUAGAUUUGGCCUCAGAGAUGGACUUGACCAAAGGUUUGGCGCUAAAUGGAGAAAUGAUGCAUGAUAAGCCAAUGAAGAUCGCCAAAGCAAAGGUCAAAAGUGAGGAGAUGGUUCAGAAGAAAGCUCCAGCAAAAAACAAAAAAGCAACCAAAGAUGAGAAAUGUUUGUUUCUGAAGAACAUCCCGUACAACACAACAAAAGAAGACCUUCUGAAAAUCUUCCAAAAGGCCGUCGAUGUUCGGUUUCCUGGUGGGACUGAUGGCCCAAAGAAAGGCAUUGCCUUUGUGGAGUUUGAAAACAAAAUGAUUGCUCAUAAUGUAUGCCAACAAAAACAAGGAGUUGAGAUUCAAGGCCGGAUUUUGAUUGUGGACUCUGUCGAAAAACCAGAUGUUCCUAAAGUCAUCGACGCUAAUCCCGACGAAGAAGAAGCUCCUCCAAGUAAAACCUUAUUUGUGAGCAAUUUGCCGUUCAAUGUGAAAGAAAAAACACUCAAGAAACUCUUUCAGACAGCUGUUAGUGCCAACGUACCUAGAUCCGAAGGCAAAUCAAGGGGGUUUGCGUUUGUCGAGUUUGCAGCUGUGGAAGAUGCUGAAAAGGCCUUGCAGUCAUCCAAAAACAUGAAAAUCGAUAAAAGGGAUACCAGAGUACAAUUCUGCAAAAUGCAAGCAAAAUCAGAGCAGGAAAAAUUUCAAACAAAAACACUGAUUGUGAUGGGCCUCGCCGAGAAGACGACUGCAGAGACUCUGAAAAGUGCCUUUGAAGGGGCUUUCACUGCAAGAGUCACUGUAACUAAAAAGAAAGGAGUUUCAAAAAUGUUUGGCUUUGUGGAGUUUGAGAGUGACGAGAACUGCAAAGCUGUCAAAGAGGCCAUGGAGGACUGUGAGAUCGAUGGCAGCAAAGUGACUGUGGCUUAUGCAAAAGCCAAGGGUGUUGCAGCUCCUCUGACACCUGGUGGACAGCCUGCAGGCCAGGAGGCUGGCAAAGGAGGAAAAGGCAAAAAAAAAGGUAAGAAACAUGGAGCUGGCAAACCACAGGAUGCUGUCAAAGAAUUGGAAAUUAAAGGCUGAUUUGCAUGGGAAAAGUUAUCAUGUAGAUAUUUUACUCUUUUUAAAUGUACAACAAUCUGAAAACAUGUAUGAACUCAAGGUUGAAUGCGCACAGUAAUGUUAGUCUACCUGAUGGCACGACACCUGACUUCUUGUUAUUUUAGUUGACAUAUUUUGUACUUUAAACCUUUUUACUUCAUAACUGUCAUGAAAUAUCUCUGACUUGUUGUCACAUCAUGUCGUUUUUUUUCCAUGUGCAAAUUUGAUAAAGAUAUGAUCCUAAUGUGAACACAAAUAAAUUUGAAAACCACA